AUGAAUAGUAAUACAGCAUUAAUUUGUUUAAUAUAUCUCACGUCUGCAUUAGUAUUGACGUUGGCCGGUCGAGACUUCUAUCAAAUUCUCGGAGUAUCUCGAUCCGCGACUACAAAUGAAAUCAAAAAAGCUUACAGAAAAUUAGCUAAAGCAUUACAUCCAGAUAAGAAUCAAGAUGACCCUGACGCCUCACAGAAGUUCCAAGACCUCGGAGCAGCUUACGAAGCACUUUCGGAUCCUGAAAAACGAGAACUCUAUGAUCGUUGUGGCGAGGACUGUCUUAAAAAAGACGGUAUGAUGAAUAACAAUGACCCAUUCGCAAGUUUUUUCGGUGACUUCGGUUUCCAUUUUGGUGGUGAGCCACAACACCAUGAAACACCUCGAGGGGCGGAUAUUAUUAUGGAGCUCACUGUCACUCUUGAAGAACUAUAUAAUGGAAACUUCAUAGAGAUAACUAGAAACAAACCUGUUAUCAAACCAGCUUCAGGGACACGGAAAUGUAACUGCAGACAAGAGAUGGUGACGAGGAACCUUGGCCCGGGUCGGUUCCAGAUGAUGCAACAGACUGUGUGUGACGAAUGCCCUAAUGUCAAAUUGGUUAAUGAAGAGAGGCUACUAGAGAUUGAGGUAGAAGUUGGUGCACCAGAUGGCCACAAGUCCAGAUUACGUGGAGAAGGUGAACCACACAUGGAUGGAGAGCCUGGUGACCUGAUCAUGGUAUUCACAACAGAAAGGCAUCCACAAUACACCCGUAAAGGAGACGAUCUCUACACCAAUGUCACAAUUUCUCUACAGGAUGCAUUAACUGGUUUUACAAUGGAACUUGUGCACUUGGAUGGUCACAAAGUGUCCGUAACUCGUGACAAAGUGACAUGGGCUGGUGCCCGUGUCCGCAAGAAGGGUGAGGGCAUGCCUAACUUCGAAAAUAACAACCUCCAUGGAAAUCUGUACAUCACAUUCGACAUUGAUUUCCCUAAACAAGACUUUACUGAUGAGGAAAAAGAAGCACUACGAAAAAUACUUAAACAAACACCAAAUAAUAAAAUAUACAAUGGACUAUAG